UAGUUAAGGCGUGAUUGAGUAACAGACAGACAGACAGACAGAGUUACUUUCGCAUUUAUAAUAUUAGUAUGGAUUAUAAAGAUAAAUAAUUGACUCUAUUGGAGACUUUAUACCUAACUCUGUACAGUAAUAAAUAAACAUGUCACUAAAAAUGCAAAUGAUAAAGAAAAAAGCUCAAGAUGAAAUGCGUAAACUAAUGAGUGAACGAAAAAGCAAAGAUAAAAAGCCAGCACAAAUUCAAAACCCUCUUGCAAAAUACAACAAUUCUGGGCAGAUAACCUGUGUAUUAUGUUCUUCUGUUGUGCGUUCUGAACAUGUGUGGCCAGUCCAUGUUAAUAGUAAGCAACACAGAAGUAAUGUUGAACUAGCUAAAAAAUUAAAAGAAUUGACCAAUAACUUUACUGGUGGAAAAGUUAAAAAAAGGCUUGCAACUUCAAUUUCUGACGCACCACAAGAGAAAAAAAUUAAAGGUAUUUUAAAAAAUGCUCCUGAAAAGAAACCUGUUAUUAUUGAAAAAACUAUAAACGAUGUUCCAAUCAUAUAUUCACACCAUGAUGAACAAAUUAAAAGAAAGCCCUUAAAUUUACCAUUUGGAGAUGUGGAUAAUAGAAUGAAAGAAUAUGAAGGUGAUGAAGACAAGAAAUCUGAUGAAGAGGCAAAGCUGAGUAAACCAAUUCCAGAGGGAUUUUUCGAUGAUCCAAUAUUAGAUGCAAAGGCACGAAAUAUUGAAUACAAAGAUCCAGUUGAAGAGGAAUGGGAAAGAUUCCAAAAAGAGAUAAAAGAAGAAGCAACUACAUCCGCUGAAAUUAUUGCUGGUGAACAGGAAGAAGCUACAGCAGAGAGACAGAUAGAUGAAAUAGAUGAGCAAAUUAGGAAUUGGUCCAGAGUAUUGGACCUCGAAUUGAAAAAAGAGGAAACUAAAAAGAAAGUUACGGAUAUGGAUGUGAUGGAUGAAAAUGAAGAUAAUGAUUCUGAUAGUGAAGCAGAUCUAAAUGAAUUUUUGGAUUGGCGAGCGAAAAAAUCUUAUAGCUAACUAAAAAUAAAAUGUAUCCCAGUAUGCAGU